GCUUCCAUCCACACCGAUUGUCACCGGUCCUCGGCUUAAGCCUCAUCCACACAGCAUAGCUGCCACUCCAGCGACCCCUCACACCGUCGACAAAUAAUUCGACACAACCGCGAUAACCAAUGAUGAGGUAGCGUCGCGCACUGGUUCAAGCAAAAGCUCCAGAAAAGCACAUGAUGCGGUGGCCAUGGAGCAGCGACAGCUCCGACGGCCCAAAGCCUGCGCGACACUGGAAUGAAAGCCUGAACAAGACGGACUGGGAACACUACAAGGAGCCGCGGAACUGGGUUCCUACGGCGAUUGCCACCACCACCAUAUUGGCCGCCGUGCAGUUUUAUCGCUCCUACCUGCGCCGCAUUCCAGGUACAAACUACAUACACCCCGGCUUCUUCCGCAGGAGGAGCCUCUUUGGCCGCGUCACCAGCGUGGGCGACGGCGAUAAUUUUCACCUGUUCCACACGCCCGGUGGACGAUUGGCAGGGUGGAGCUGGCUGAGGAGCAUACCGACCGAGCGAAAGGCGCUCAAGGGCAAGACGAUCCCCGUCCGCAUCGCCGGAGUCGACGCCCCAGAAGCAGCCCAUUUCGGACGAGAGGCCCAGCCGUUCAGCGCCGAAGCGUUGGAGUUCCUCAAGUCCUACAUACUCGGUCGUGAUGUGCGGACCUACAUCUACAGGCGGGAUCAGUACGAACGGGUCGUCGGGACGGUGUGGGUGCGCCGUUGGCUCCUCAGGAAAGACGUCGGUCUGGAGAUGAUAAAGCGUGGGCUCGCCACGGUAUACGACGCCAAGAUCGGCGCAGAGUUUGGUGGACUGGAGGAAAAGUACCGUGCUGCCGAAGCAAAGGCCAAACUGAAGAAGCUGGGCAUGUGGGGAGCGAAAGGAAAAUUUGAAAGCCCGAGGGAUUACAAGAAUAGGCACGCCGCGACUAGCGAGAGCAAGUUGAGCUAGGGAAUCACGUCGCCACGACUGGUUUUGGGAAUCUAUUACAAACAUAAGCAGAAAAGGUACAGAACAAUGUAAUGAUCAUGAUGGGUAUGGCGACUGCGGUAAGAUCAAGUCUCAAAGUUUAUCUCUUAGUGCAUGUUCCAAUUUUUGCCACACCCAGACAAUGAUUACUAUACAUACCUACCUUACCUUCUUACACAUCAUUGGUGGUGUGCUUACUUGGUCGCA